GACUUUCUCUGUAGUUUGAGAUGGGGCAGAACUGAGGAACUGCUUUCUCGCUUUCGCUCUCUCUUUCUCUCUGUUUUAUUCAUUUCUCUUCCGUUAUUUUCACUUUGACCCGUGUUCCUACCGCACUGUUCGUGAAUGCCAGCUCCUCGCGCACAGAAAUGGCUCGGCUCGUGCUCCUGACGCUGUUUUUCACCGCGGCGUGGAUUUCAGGCUGUAGUUUAGAGAUCGACCCGCUGGUGUUGGAGGAGCAGUUGUUGUGGGUGAGUGGGGGCCAGGGUCAGGUGAACACGUUUAGGAUCCCACUCCUUACCUUCACCCCACAGGGAAGUCUGCUGGCAUUUUCCGAAGGACGAAAGAAGUCCGCGAGCGACACGGGUGCCAAGUUUAUUGCCAUGAGACGUUCCACGGACAGAGGCUACACCUGGUCCCCCACAGCCUUUAUAGUGGACGACGGUCAGCAGCCGGACGGUCUGAACCUUGGCUCUGUAGUGGUGGAUGAGGAAUUCGGGUCGAUCAUUCUGGUUUAUUCUGUUUGUUUCCACGAGUACCAGUGCAAACCCUCCAGUACCAUGAUGGUGCAGAGCCUGGACGACGGGCUGAGCUGGAGCAAACCAAGAAACCUCUCCACACAGUUAGGAGUCAAAGCAUUCGCACCUGGGCCGGGGUUUGGAAUACAGAAGAGGUAUGAGCCAGCAAAGGGGCGUCUGGUGGUGUGUGGACAUGGGACAUUAGAAGGAGAUGGGGUUUUCUGUAUCCUUAGUGACGAUCACGGAAAAAGCUGGUACAACGGAGCAGCGCUGAAGAGUAUCCCAUACAACCAGCCCAAGAAAUCACAGGACUUCAACCCAGAUGAGUGCCAGCCUCUGGAGUUGUCUGAUGGUUCUAUUGUGAUAAAUGUGAGAAACCAGAACAACUACCACUGUAAGUGCCGUGUGAUCGUCCAUAGUUACGAUGGGGGUCUGACUCUGCCCAUUGACUACGUGCGGUUUGACUAUGAGCUCAUUGACCCGGUGGUGGCCGCUGGGGCUCUGGAGAAGGACGAAGUCAUCUACUUCACCAAUCCACUCAACCAAGUCCACAGAGUUAACCUCACUUUGCGCUGGUCAUUGGAUCAUGGUAAAUCGUGGGAGAAAAAAGCAGUCCAGAUUUGGCCCGGGCCCAGUGCCUACUCCUGCCUCACAUCUCUGAAAAGCGGAUCGGGCGAAGAUCGUAGAUACAUUUAUGUCAUCUAUGAAAAGGGCCACAAAAAUUAUGACGAGACUGUGUCAUUUGUCAAGAUUCACCUUUACGGAGGUUUAUAGAGGUAAGAACUUAAUAUUAAAGGUGCAUUAUGUCAUUUUUCUGUUAGAGAGUCUUUACAUGUCUUUGCCUAGAAGGUUUCAUAGUAUGGUAUUAAAGUUGUCCAUCUCCAUGGACACAAGCAGGUGAUCUGGCCAACUAACGCUUCACAGUAACAAUGCAUGUGCUUCAAAAUAAAGUUUAAUGCUAUAUAGUGGAACAUUCCAGGCAAAUCAAUAUCAUCUCCAAUGAGACAAGCAGGUAGCGGACCCCCUACCAGAAAAGUGCACCAUUAAAAACAACAUUAAAGGAAGCUCAACAGCUGACUAUGCAGCACUGAAUAAAAGACUGUUGCAAAUUACAUUCCGGAUGACCAUUCCAGCCAAACUGCUUGAGUGACUAGAGCAGCCUGCUAUUAUUCUAUUAUUUGCAGGUCUACUGGUCUUUAUUUUUUGCUGGACUAACAGGAAGAACAUUUAGUUUUUCAUAUUGUACCGGAAAAAAAUAAAGCUCAAGAAAGUUUUUCAGUGGUCUGUUUUAUUCUGGAGUUGUUUAACAUUUAUGCAUGUUUUUAAUGCAUUUAGUCUUUCUUUCUUAGAGUCCAGUCGGGAAAUGACAAAGAGGAAGAGAUUGUUUAUUCGCACUAUUUUCUCAGGAACAAAAGGGACUUUUAUGUAAAUUGUUUUGUUGAUUCAAAGAUUGAAUUGUGUCUUGAUUCAAGCUUUUUCUGUUUAUUUUAUUGUGUGAAAAUAGUUUUAUAGUCUGAUUUAUUGUCUUCAAAUGUGAGGCAAAAUGAUGUGUCUUGUGAUUUGUACAGCUGUAAUUAUGGUUGUCUGUUUUGGCCAUUCAAAAAGUGUACUUAAAAAAAAAUCUUAUGGAAAUUAAAAGUUAGGUUUUUCUUUUGUUUAGAAACAGCUUGAAGGUUUGAUUGUGAGUUUGGUAAGUGUGGAUGUGCCAUCAUUAUUUUGAGAACCUUGUAAAUGUACUGUAAAUGUUAUAAUACUGUACAUUAUACAGUAAACUUUUAUAAAAUGGACAUUAUCUGAUUUAUGAAUAUCAGAAUUGAAACGAAUAAUCCAUUGUGUACAAAGAUCUGAUUAACCCACACAUUAUAUGUAAAAGUAAAUGCAGCAAUCUUCUCAAAUAAACCACUUCACAGUGUACUGUGUCUGAGUGGACA